UAACAAAAGGGUGCCUGUAAGGUCACUAGUAUAGUGCCCACCACGCAGAAUCAGAGACAGUUACUUAGCCCGUCUUAAUCUGUUUCUUCCCCUGUAACAUGGGAAAGAAGGUCAGCAACUUCACAUGCUUACUAUGAGGAUUAAAUCACGUGAUGUGUGCCAGGCCGCUGGGAGUUUGUACAGAAGAGACCCUCCCUCGGUGCCGGAGCUGCUCUUCUUGUUCGCGUCAUUAAUCACAUUUCCCCUCUUUCUUCUAGUUCCCAUUUGGCCGACGCUUGCCUUGUGACAUCUACUGGCAUGGAGUUUCAUUUCACGACAGUGACAUAUUCUCCGGUCUAGUGAACAAGUUUCCAGGCAUGACGGAGAUGGUGCGUAAAAUUACUCUGAGCAGAGCAGUAAGAAUCAUGCAGAAUCUCUUUCCUGAGGAGUACAACUUCUACCCUCGCUCAUGGAUUCUGCCUGACGAGUUCCAGCUCUUUGUGGCUCAGGUUCGAAUGGUGAAAGAUGGGGACCCCUCCUGGAAGCCCACUUUUAUUGUGAAACCUGAUAGUGGUUGUCAGGGUGACGGAAUCUACCUCAUUAAAGACCCCAGUGACAUCCGCCUGGCAGGGACCCUCCAGAGCAGGCCGGCGGUGGUCCAGGAGUACAUCUGCAAACCUCUCCUUAUCGACAAGCUCAAGUUUGAUAUCCGUCUGUAUGUCCUACUAAAGUCCUUAGAGCCCUUAGAGAUUUAUAUAGCCAAAGACGGACUCUCGCGGUUUUGUACAGAGCCCUACCAGGAGCCUCACCCCAGAAACCUGCACCACAUCUUUAUGCAUUUGACCAACUAUUCACUGAACAUCCAUAGUGGUAACUUUGUCCAUUCGGACAGUACUAGCACAGGCAGCAAAAGGACCUUUUCUAGCAUUCUUUGUAGGUUGUCUUCCAAGGGUGUUGACAUCAAGAAGGUCUGGUCUGAUAUCAUCUCCUUGGUGAUUAAGACUGUCAUUGCCCUGACUCCAGAGCUCAGAGUGUUCUACCAGUCGGAUAUCCCCGCAGGGAGGCCGGGGCCCACGUGCUUCCAGAUUUUAGGCUUUGACAUUCUUCUCAUGAAAAAUCUGAAGCCUAUACUACUUGAAGUAAAUGCAAACCCCAGCAUGAGAAUCGAACACGAGCAAGAACUCUCUCCAGGGGUGUUUGAGAACGUCCCCAGCCUCGUCGAUGAAGAAGUGAAAGUGGCUGUCAUCAGAGACACACUGCGUCUCAUGGACCCAUUUAAGAAGAAAAGAGAGAACCACUUUCCAGAUAUCUAUAUGGACAGAAAACACAGAUUCCCUCCAGUUUCUGACAGAAUGUCUUCAUUGAAGCUUCAGCUUUCGAAGCUUUCCAUAGUCAGGUCUCAGCAGCUUGGGAAGCCGUUAGCCUCAAAGGAAGAGCCUCCUGACAGUGAUCUGGCCAGUGCCUCGGCAGGCGGCGCCAGUCCCGAAGGCCAUCUGCCCUCCAUCUGCCUCAAGCAGGUGUUCCCCAAGUAUGCAAAGCAGUUCAACUACCUGCGCCUGGUGGACAGGAUGGCAAACCUGUUUAUCCGGUUCCUGGGUAUCAAGGGGACAAUGAAGUUGGGACCAACAGGCUUUCGUACCUUCAUAAGGAACUGCAAGCUCAGCAGUGGCAGCUUGUCCAUGGCCGCCGUGGACAUCCUCUACAUUGACAUCACGAGGAGAUGGAACUCCAUGACCGUGGUCCACCAGGAUUCAGGGCUACGUCCAGGCUCUUCCUUCGGCCCCAGAUGCACUCCCUCCCCUGUGGCCUGGCUCUUUCUUCGGUCUCAUGGCUGGACAACGACAAGACUUGCAGGCCUGCGGGGUGCAGCCCAACCGCUGUCAGCCAGGAAGCCGAGGAAGCCGAGGAAACUCCUGUGGACGCGGAGAUGUUGGAAGGUCCCUCCCUACUCUGGGCGGAAGGAACCUGGUUACGGACUGGGCAACAACGGCUGCCUCACUGCGAAAGGAGUCUGACUGUUGGGUCUCCAGCGAGAUACCGUUGUCGUCCUGCUCUGGACUCCCAUGAAAAAUUGACCGGCCUCCUUCUCCCCUGAGUAGCCAAGAUGUCCGCCAUGUCGUGCCUGCCAUCUGCUGUACACCGUGGGGUGUUGCUCCAGGACCCUUCGUUUUGGACGUGUAAGAUCCCCUGUCCAAUAAACCACUGAUGUCUCUGUGGCUGUUUCCAGGCUUUCUUUGGUCUUGAGGCUGGACAACUGCAAGGCUUGCAGGCCUGUGGGGUGCAGCCCAACACAUACCCACACUGAGAUACAGACCACCUGGACAGAACCACGCUCAAACACAUCCCAUCCCAACGUGUAGGCUCUACCUACCCACACGGACCCACGCCACACCCAUCACACCUAGUGUCCCUGGCUCUCACACCUACACACACACACACACAUACAUUUGCACACACGCUUCCACGUGCAUUUUGAAUUUCUAAGCGGCAGAUAAACUUUUGUGAUUAAUUCCUACUUUUAUUGCUCUGUGGUCAAGAAAUAUGACCUUUCCUUUUAUGAACCUACUUUGUGCCAAACAGCAUGUUAGGUGCUAAGUGUACAAAGUUGAAUAAACUUGGACCCUACAGCCUAAUAACAGAAAACAGAUUCACCUUGACAAUCUGAUGUGAUGCCUGAUGCGGCAGAAUCGCAGCACUUACAUUUUCUCAAUAUAUUUUAUAUAUUUUUCUCUACUUAGGUUGAGUCCUUUUUUGUUUCUAUUACCUAAACACUGUUAGACCAAAAACAUAUUUUCAUUGCUGUACUCAUUUGCUUUUCUUGAAUUACUAGUUCAAAUGGGCAUAUUCUCCCCUAUUUACUGACCAUUUGUAUUCCUUCUUUGUGACUUGCCAUUUCAUAUCCUUUGCCUGCUUUUCUGCUAGUAUGAUUGUUUAAUUCUCCAGAUUUCCAAUUAUUUGUCUUUUGCAAUAUUCUUAGAUAAUUCUUCAUGCCAAAGUUCUAGCAUGGACCACGACUUUGACUUCUAAGCACACGUGUUCUGUUUUUCGCUCUUAGCAAUGAUAUGCUUUAAUCCCAAGUUUUUCUUUUCAAAUCCCUCCUUUUUCUUAGCAGCACACUCCCAUUUAUUGAAGAAGCAUCGUUCGAGUUACUUCAGCAUCAUUCAGGACCUACAUACAGAGAGACUUCUGCAGACUGGU